CUCGGUGGCAUGGGCGGUAAUGGGCUCGGCAACCUGGCCGACGAGCUGGCUGAUGCGCUGUCGGAUGACGGUGAGGGAUACUACGAGGAGGGAGAGGAGGAGGAGGACAAUGACGAGAGGCGAGGGGGCCAUGUCGACGUCGCAGGCUCAGGCUCGGGCGCAGGCCUAGGCGAGAGGAGAAACAAGCACCUCAGCCUAAGCCUGCCGCCCGCAACCAACGGCCGAGGCCACCACCGCAGGAAGGGCAGCCAGUACGACGGCAGCGAGUACGGCUCUGAAUCCGACCUAGACUCCCCCGGCAUGCCGUCCGGCCUAGUCUCCAAGAUGGACGCGGUCGAGUCGCUCGCCCGCCGAGGAACCGAGAGCAACGGCGGGCACGCAGACGGCGUGUUCCGGCGCGUGACAGACGGGCUGCGCGACCUCUCGUCCCAGGUCAGCGUCGAGAGCAACACCAGCCGGCUCAUCACGGCCCACACGGCCCUCACCACCCACCUCACCCACCAGACCCGACAGAUCCAGAACCUCACCUUCCCUUUACUCAACCCGCUCGCCCCGCCCCCGGACGCAGACACCAUCGACAGCCUCCUCCCCGAGAUCACCACCCUGCAGGAGAUGAUGCCGCGCCCCUCCCAGGCCGCCUUCGCCAGCAUCAUGGGCCUGCAGAACCUCACCACCGACCUCGUCCACUCCCUGUCCGACCUGUCCGACCUGCUGCAGGUCGGCCGCCAGCUCACCACCACCGCCACCAGGCGCCUGCGCAGCGCAAAGGAGGUCGUCACCGACAUGCGCCGCGACGAGGAGCUGCGCGAGGAGGGCGAGCGCUGGAUCACAAAGGGCAACUGGGGCGAGCGCCUCGAGAGGAGGGAGUGCGCUAGUGUCUGUGGUGAGAUUGUCGGUGGGUUUGAGGAGGUCUGUGAUGGCUGGCGGACGAGGCUGGCACAGGCGGAA